AAGGUCAGGAGACGCCGCUUAGAGUUCAAGUUGGGCCCUGGGGCUGAUCUGGUUGGUUAGGUGGGGAUUACAGGUGUCUUUGCCCCCAACUAGUCCAAGAAUUCCUCUUUGUCUUCCUUGGAAAAUCCUCUCUGGAGCCACUGACUGGCUCUCACUUAGAAAGAAUGCAGCCGGCCGUCCAGCCCGGUGACGUCAGCGUUGGAGCAUUUGGAAAACAAAGAGGGCUCGGGAGGCUGGGAGGGAGGCGGACCCGCGACGCUUAAAGAACUCCGUGGGCCUCCGGCUACCCUCCCCUGCUCGCUCUAGGUGCACCGGCGGCCUCCAGGUGUUCGUGGUCGGCUUGGAGUCUGGGGCCAGGUGCCACCGGCCACUGUUCAGGCAGGGGUGUGCAAGCCAAGGAAGCAUGAGGACUCUGGAAGACUCCUCGGGGACAGUCCUGCACCGCCUCAUCCAGGAGCAGCUGCGCUAUGGCAACCUGACUGAGACACGCACACUGCUGGCCAUCCAACAGCAGGCCCUGCGGGGUGGGGCUGGGGCUGGGAGCACAGGGAGCCCCCAGGCCUCCGUGGAGCUCUUGGCACCCGAGGACACUCAGGUGCUACAGCAGGCCACAAGGCAGGAGCCCCAGGGCCAGGAGCACCAGGGCGGUGAGACCCACCUGGCAGAGAACACCCUCUACCGGCUGUGCGCACAGCCCAGCAAGGGUGAGGAGCUACCCACCUAUGAAGAAGCUAAAGCCCAUUCGCAGUACUAUGCGGCCCAGCAGGCAGGGCCCCGGCCACACGUAGGGGACCGGGAUCCCCGAGGGGCCUCCGGAGGCAAUCGGAGCCAGGAUGAGGCGCUGCGGGAGCUGAGGCACGGGCACGUGCGCUCCCUGAGUGAACGGCUCCUGCAGCUGUCCCUGGAGAGGAAUGGUGCCCGGGCCCCCAGCCACAUGAGCUCCUCCCACAGCUUCCCACAGCUGGCCCGCAAUCAGCAGGGGCCCCCACCCAGAGGCCCUCCUGCCGAGGGCCCAGAGCCCCGUGGACCUCCGCCUCAGUACCCACACGUUGUGCUGGCUCAUGAGACCGCCACUGCUGUCACCGACCCACGGUACCGCACCCGCGGGAGCCCACACUUCCAGCAUGCUGAAGUCAGGAUCCUGCAGGCCCAGGUGCCCCCUGUGUUCCUCCAGCAACAACAGCAGUACCAGUACCUACAGCCGGCCCAGGAGCACCCCCUGCCACCACAUCCAGCUGCUCUCAGCCAUGGCGCCCUAGGCUCCCUCAGUCCACCUGAAGUGGAGGGGCCAGCAAGUAGCCAGGCGUCUUCAGCCACCUCGGGCAGCGCCCACCUGGCCCAGAUGGAGACUGUGCUGAGGGAGAAUGCCAGGCUGCAGAGGGACAACGAGAGGCUGCAGAGGGAGCUGGAGAGCUCAGCAGAGAAGGCUGGCCGCAUUGAGAAGCUGGAAAGUGAAAUCCAGCGGCUCUCUGAGGCCCAUGAGAGCCUGACCAGAGCCUCUUCCAAGCGGGAGGCCCUGGAGAAGACCAUGCGGAACAAAAUGGACAGUGAAAUGAGGAGGCUGCAGGACUUCAACAGGGAUCUCAGAGAGAGAUUGGAAUCUGCAAACCGCCGCCUGGCGACCAAGACACAGGAGGCCCAGGCAGGCAGUCAGGACAUGGUGGCCAAGCUGCUUGCUCAAAGCUAUGAGCAGCAGCAGGAGCAGGAGAAGCUGGAGCGGGAGAUGGCCCUGCUGCGCGGCGCCAUCGAGGACCAGCGGCGGCGUGCAGAGCUGCUGGAGCAGGCUCUGAGCAACGCGCAGGGCCGGGCCGCACGAGCCGAGGAGGAGCUGCGCAAGAAGCAGGCCUACGUGGAGAAGGUGGAGCGGCUGCAGCAGGCCCUGGGGCAGCUGCAGGCGGCCUGUGAGAAGCGGGAGCUGCUGGAGCUACGUCUGCGGACACGCCUAGAGCAGGAACUCAAGGCCCUGCGUGCGCAGCAGAGACAGGCAGGCACCCCCACAGGUGGCAAUGGCAGUGGUGGGUCCCCGGAGCUCAGCGCCCGGCGGCUGUCGGAGCAACUGCGGGAGAAAGAGGAGCAGAUCCUGGCACUGGAGGCUGAUAUGACCAAGUGGGAGCAGAAGUAUUUGGAGGAGCGCGCCAUGAGGCAGUUUGCCAUGGACGCGGCUGCCACAGCUGCCGCCCAGCGUGACACCACUCUCAUCCGACACUCCCCCCAGCCUUCGCCCAGCAGCAGCUUCAACGAGGGCCUGCUCACCGGCGGCCACAGGCAUCAGGAGAUGGAAAGCAGGUUGAAGGUGCUCCAUGCCCAGAUCCUGGAGAAGGAUGCAGUGAUCAAGGUCCUUCAGCAGCGCUCCAGGAAAGACCCUGGAAAGGCCACCCAGGGCUCCCUGAGGCCCGCCAAGUCCGUGCCAUCUGUCUUCGUGGCUGCAGCGGCAGGGAACCAGGGCUGGCAAGGUCUCUCUUCUAGUGAGCGGCAAGUGGAUGCCCCUGCCCGGCUGGCUCCAGCAGACAGGGCCCCUGAGGAGGAGCCAGUAGCCGCAGCUCCCCUCCCUGCCCAUGCCAAACACGGGAGCAGAGAUGGGAGUACCCAGACUGAUGGUCCCCCGGACAGUGCUGCCGCUUGCCUGGAGCCCGACAGCCUCCUGGGGUACAGCGGUGGCCAGAGGACAGCCUCACUGGACUCUGUCACUACAUCCAGAGUCCAGGACUUGUCGGACAUGGUGGAGAUACUGAUCUGAAGGAGGUCGUGCCUGGGGACUCCGAACCAUUCCCUGUCUCCUGCCCUCUGCCACUGUCAGCCAUUCCAGCAGCCCCUCCAACUGCUGCUGCCCCACUUUCCCCAACCAGGCACUCAUUCCCAUUGACCAUCUGGUGCCCGGGGCUUAGGAAGGAUACUGUAGGGGUGAGGGGAGCUGUGAGAGCACCUGCACCCAGAAGACCCUGCUUCUCAGCCCCACAUCCCUUCUGGGCCCACGCAGAAUGAGGAUUCCCAGGCUUACUGUUGGGGUAGCAACUGGAAGCCCAGAAGGGAGCUGAGCCCUCUCUGGACCCCCAGUUGGCACUCAGGCAGGGAGGGAGGGGAUAUCUUGGUGUGAGGGGCUGGUUGCCCCUGGACACCAGUAAUAGGUCAGCUCUGCUGUUCCCCUGUGGCUGAGUGUGGUCCCUGCCAACCUCAUCUGCUCCUCAGCUCCUCAUUGCCUCCUUGAAAUCACGGAGACUUGGCAUCUUUUGGGGACUAUUGAGGGUGUUAAUCCUGCAGAAGCUACAGCCUUGCCCCCUCACUCAGAGUGGGGAGGGGCCGUUUAAGUGGACUGGGAUAAGCUGUGCAGAUUGUAUAUAUUCCCCUUUCUUGUGGAACAGAAGAUUGAAGUGUGCCGCUUCAGAUCUGUCCCCUCUCUGUUCCCCUGUCCCUGCUGCCACGGUUCCUGUAAUUGCCAACCAGCCUCCCAGCUCUCUCCCCUUCUCAAGUUCUUGGCCCAUGGAUUUUGAUACUGGUUGAUCCACAUGAUAUUGCUGUCUUUUCAUCCACCUUAAGCCCUGUUUUAAAUGCCCAUGGACCCCUGUCACCAGCCUCUUGAAAUGGCUCCACAGCUCCUGUCCCUGGGACGUCCUGUCAGUUUGGUUAUGAACCCUGAGCCAGAUGAAAUGAGCCGUGGGGGCCUUCCCAGCUCUAAUUCUCUUGACGGAAACUGGAGAAGUUGCCUUGUUCUCAUCAGUCUUUGUUCCCACCUGGAGGGAUUGGGAGUGGGAGUAUGCUGGUGAAAACUAGUCAGUGAGCUACAAGAUGCGACUCACAUCGUCUUCUGAAUGGAGCCCCCGUCACAAAAUGGCAGUCGUGAGGCUGGCUCCUCAAGCUACCGGUGAGCAGCGCCCUGAAAAGCAGGGCUAAUGCUUUGGAAUUAGAGCAAAGCAUCCAUGUAACAGCCUGCCAGCAGCAGUGACUUUGACUUCUGGUCUUACAGAGUCCCCUAGCUCAGCCCCAGGACCCAUUGGUGGG